AUGAAGUACGCCGCCGCUUCAGCUCUCGGCUUUGCCGCCCUGGCUCAUGGCCAUGCCAUCUUCCAGGUCAUCUCCGUAAACGGCGAGGAAGCCCCCCUCCUCUCCGGCCUCCGCGCCCCGGGCUCCAACAACCCCGUCGAGAACGUAAACUCCCCCGACCUCACCUGCGGUCUCGUCACCCGCGUCUCACGGGACGUCAUCGAGGUCGAGGCCGGCGACUCCAUCGGCGCCUGGUACCAACACGUCAUCGGCGGCGCCCAGUACCCCGGCGACCCGGACAACCCCAUCGCGGCCUCGCACAAGGGCCCCCUCACCGCCUGGCUCGCCCGCGUCGACGACGCCGCCAACGCCCCCGUCCAGGGGCUCGAGUGGUUCAAGGUCGCCGAGGACAACUUCGACACGUCGACCGGCCGCUGGGGCGUCGACAACCUCCUCGACCAGGACGGCUGGUUCUACUUCGACCUGCCCCGCUGCAUCGCCCCCGGCGACUACCUCCUCCGCGUCGAGCUGCUCGCUCUCCACUCCGCCUACGGCCGCGGCGGCGCCCAGUUCUACACCUCGUGCGCGAACCUCCGCGUCACCGCCGGGGGGGAUUUCGUCCCGAACGACACCGUCGCCAUCCCCGGCGUGUACGAUGCUGCCGACCCGGCCAUCCAGAUCAUGAUCUACGGAAACAGCGGCCGGCCUGAUAACAACUUCCGGCCCUACCAGGCUCCGGGUCCUCGGCCUAUCACUUGUUAG